ACAAAAGAUGCGUUCCGUCCAGAUCAUCAUCCAUCCAUCAUCUAUUCCUCUUCUUCCCCGUCAUCAUCAUCCUCACCGCCCUCGAGUCCCGCCGCUAUCGUCACCGCCGUCUCCAUCACCGCCACACCAGCAAUGCAGCAGCCGACUCGCUAAGAGAAGAUAUGAGCUAUAGUGUCAUGAUAUGGCGUGGGUUCAUGAUCGAUGCCGCCGCCUUCAUCUCAACAUCGCUCUCCGCCGCAAGCAGCAACAGCAGCGCCCUCUUCUUCUUCUUCCUCUACUUCGCCUUCGCCGUCGGUCGCGGACAAUCGCCUAGGACUCUCGCCUCAGGAUGUCGCCGCCCUCCGCCAACAUCAGCAGCUCGCUCACGCCCAAGCGCGAAGUACGGCGGGCUCGCAGGCCAGCAGCCAGGGCAGAUUGUUGCUCGACCCGAGCAGCUUACAGUUGCUCUCGCGACACUUUGAUCGGGUCAUGCAAGCCAUUUCCCAGCGGUUAGAGCAGCUCAACCAAGCAACCGAAAGAGCCACGCAGGCGCAGUACGACCGAUCGGGGAAUGCCAUCCAAAUGGCGGAUCAGGAGAUUGCACGCUUCCGAGCCAUCUUACACCAAAUUGAUGAGCUCGAGACCGAGUUUGACAAGAUCAAGAGGAUUAGAGAGAUUGUACGAGGCUUUCGAGCUCGUGUCGAGCACAUGGAAAGAAGAUUGGGAUAGCAAUGGGGUCGAGCUGUCAAAGUAAAUCAAUGGAAAGAGGAUUGGGAUAGUAGUGGGGUCGGUCUGUCAAGCAGGACAUGGAGAGAAGGGCGAUGGUGGUAUGGUUGUUACUACCUUACUGGCGUUGAACAGGGAUGGCUGCCUCACGGCUCGUUGCUUGUAUACCCUUUUGCGCAGCAUGUGAUUGUACCUGCGUACGUCUAUGGGAAAAUUCUCGUUUGCUAUCAUACUACAGGUAUCUGUAUCACGACAUCUCGGUAGUAGUGUGCUUGAACGAGCUCUGUAGCUCCAUGUACCAGCCGGUCUCCCGUAAGGUACAUGUACAUAUAUAGUGACUGCAACGCCAGCGUCUCUCCUGCCACUUCAGCUUCAGCUUCAAUCGUUUCUAAGGCUGCACAACCGCCACCUGGCUGCGCACUGGAACAUUCGCAGCACGACCAGUCUCAGGGAAACCGGACACCUUGACCCCCUUUCGGAAGAGCAGACAAUGAGAACUGCCUCCAAAGUGGAACAUUCCCGUCUCCUGUCCCUUGGUGAUAUGAUCACCUUCCUUGACGGUGAUUUCACACGUGCUGACUUCAUCCAUACCCACACCGAUGAACGCCAUGAGACCAAUGGCGGGAUUAUCCGCUUCGAUGAACAUGAUGGCGCGGGUGGCUAGAGCCGUCAAGUAGCCUUGACCCACACUGAUUCCUCCCACGUCAAUCUCCGCGGCUUCGCCAAGUCCUUCGAAGAGAGGCUCGGAGAAGUAUGUUCCGUCCUGCACGAAAGCUUUCUUGACGGUGCCGCUGACGGGAGCGUGCCAGCGGUGGUAGCUCAAUGCUGACAGGAAGGCUUGGUAGACGGUGCCACCGGCAAAGUUGUCGGCGAGAGGGUCGUGGGCGAGCAUGUCACUAAUCGAGUAUGGCUGGCCUUUGAUCCAGAAGUGGUCUCGCAAUUUGACGUUGUGUGCCACGUUGAAGACUUUGCUCUCGCAGGCAUUGGCAAUCACGUUGUCGUCAUCGGGAGAGGCAAUGGGUCGAACUUCGUCCCGGAAGUGGCGAGUGAAGUAGUCGUCCCAGCUUUUGUAGCCGUAGUGUUUAGCCUUGGGGUCACAGACGAAGAAAUCCUCGAACUUAUGAGAGGUUUGGUACGGCGCAUUGGCCACUUCCAUAAUGUCCUUUUGACCAACUUCGCCAAACCACCCUUGUUUGCCCGUGUGGAGUACCUCGGCGGACUUAGGAGUUAGAAGAAACCUGCCCCACUCGUUCAAGACUUUCUUGAGCAUCUUGUUCACGUCGGGAUCGAUGAAGGCUGCAUAGCCCGAAGGAGUGCCCAUGGGAUAGUCCAAGAUGGCACACAGAGGAACUCCGACCAUUCCCACGCUCGCUGCGGCAUCGGUCCAUGUGGGAGCAGACGUGUAGGUGUGGUUGAGAAUUUCGAGGAAGUGGUAGAAAUCUCGGACUUGCUUGCGGCCAGUCGGGUCUUUGUUGUAGGGAUGCUUCACCGGCACUUCUUGAAACAUCUGGGUGAAGAGCAUACGGACUCUGGUGUUGUUCUCCACAAACUCCUUGAACUCUUGGAGUACGGGAUUCAAUGGCUUCUUCUCUUUCUUUGCGUGAUCAAUUUGCCUAUCGAGCCACUCCUCGUGGAUGCGGUGGUCUGCUGGAAGCCACGCACCAGCCUUGACCUUCUUCUUGUCGUCGGGGAUAUCAUGAUGAUCGCCGUGCUGGUGAACCAUGAUGGCGAGCUGUGCGGUGUCAAUAGGGAGAGAAAGGGAAACAGUAGGUAUACGAGCAGUCAGUGAAGAAGGUAGUAGACAAGAUUUUUUGCGAGUCCAGUUGAAUGCAUGUUCCUACCUUACAGUACGCGUAGCUAUUUUGUUAUUGCUGGAGACGACUGACGUAGUGCUGGACUCUAGUGUGUUGCAGACUUGCAGAGCUUCAGCAUCAUCGGCCAGCUCAUCAUCUCAUCGGCCUCCACAUGUGUCUCGAACAUGGCGGUAGAUCCAAUUGGCAGCGGAGAUGUGGUUCUUGCGUCGACCCUCGAGUUUCCUUUGGGAGCCACUUUGCCGCGUAAAACGUGUACCUGCACGCCGGCCCUUGGGAUGCCGUACCAGCCGAGUGAGCGCUUUGGAAGCUGAUGAUGAGGCCAUUCUCGAAAUUGCAAACAACAGUGGGAGGGGAGUAGCCACGAUGGAUGCAAUUAUGUCAGGAAGAGGAAGAGGAAGUGGGCGAGGUAGAAAGCAGAGUCACAAGCCACGAUAUAUUUCUUGGCAGACCAGAGCAUUCUCUUGGCGCUCCCAUUCCGCUUCCAUGUGAUGAUGGACGCAG